AUGUUUGCAUGGGGUGCUAACAGCCAUGCCCAGCUGGGACUGGGAUACGCCACGGAACAGUGUGACAAACCUCAGCCGGUGACUUGUCUGCCUUUUCGGAACGGUGCCGAAUUGCGAAGCAUCGCUGCCGGCGGAGGGCACACAUUGCUGAGUACGGCCGAUGGUCGUCUGUAUGGUUGCGGAUGGAACAGCCACGGUCAACUGGGACUUGGGCACACGGAUGAUGUGCUCCUUUUCGAGCCGAUCGGCGAGUAUCGGUUCGAAAGCAUCUCGGCCGGAUGGGACGUUUCGGGGGGUAUCAAUGCACAAGGGGAACUGUACGUCUGGGGGUCCAAUGUUUGGGGGCAGAUUGACGUGCCAACUAACAGGAUCAUCACGAAGCCGAAAAAAUUAGUACUGCCCUGCCACAGUCGCGCCCUGAAGGUGGUAUUCGGGCUCCAUUUUACAGCAGUUCUAAUGGAAAGUGGGAAGGUUUGGUUUCUAGGGAAGUGUAAGGACAUCACAAGGCACUAUCCUCCCGAUGCAACUCAAUCGAUCUUUCCGGUAUGCUGCAUUGGCGAUAGAGGAAAGGUCACGGAUAUCGCUGGCGGGGAAUGUCAUUUGGUGCUCCUCUCGGAGGGCAACAGGAUUACGUGCUUGGGUAGCAAUAAGCAUGGUCAAUGCACGUACAACGAAACCACCAUCGAUGAUCCGCUACGACUGGAAGCUGGUUGGUCCCACUCGGGCUAUCUCACACGCAAUGGCGAAGUUCUGCUGUGGGGAAGGAACAAUUACGGGCAGCUGGGACGCAACGGUGACUCUUCGUCCGUUCCGGUCCGGCUCGACAUAGACGGUGGUACCGCUGUGCAGGACUUUAGUCUCGGUUCCCAACAUGGCGCAGCACUAACGGCUUGCGGUCGUGUGUAUUGCUGGGGCUGGAACGAGCACGCUAAUUGCGGAACGGCAGGCGAGGAAAAUGUAACGACCCCGAGGCUCGUCGAACUACCCGUUCCUGUGUCGAAAGUAAUUUGUGGUGCCGGCUAUACGCUUGCAUUCAUCUAGCACCUAUAAUGGUCAUUCAUAGUUGAACAACACUCAACGAACCUCGAUCUUGGCCUAAUGGCCGAACCGUUGUAACAAAGGCGAGUGAAACACCUUGAA